UUGGAGCUUGAUCAUUCCUAUCACGAUUUCAAAUUCUUUUCGAAACGACAUAUUGUAGGAGACUUGAAGAAAUAUAUAGGGCAGCUCAACCACAGACUAGAGGUCGAGUGGACUAGUGGAGGUUUUGAGAAGCGCAGCCAACUUUGUUCAGAUAUCUCAGCCGGAGUGAAAGAUACUUAUGAACGACUGAAAGAUUUGGUCGAAAAUGUCGCGGGAUUGGAGAACUAUGCUGAGAUUCUGAUGGAAGACGAGAAACGAAGGUUAUUCCUAGGACAGAAUAUAGAAAAGGAAGUACCCGAUGGUCUGCAAAACCAACUGGACACAAUUGAUGCAAUGCUGGUCAGCCUAAGCACUAAGAUAGCGGUAAUGGAUAGAAUAAACGAUGAACAGAGCAAAAGUGAAGUUUACGAAAAAUCCGUCCAAGAUGCAAUAUGUGCGUGCCUCGACGCAUUGCUGGUAUUAGCAGAGUCGUUUAUGGAAGCUCAGCUGUUUGGACUGGUAACGGAACUACAUAGAAGUUCGAUGGCUCAUCUGUACUUCCACAUCCAACUUCGAACAGAUUUUGUCCUUUCACAGGCGAUCACAAUCGCGGCAACAGCCAUAGUCGAUACAGUUUACAGAGGCUGGCCCAUAUUUGAUGGAGGCAUCUUUAACAGCCAUUUCAAAACGAGUCUUAUAGGCGAAGCAGGCGAUCUCCUUCUUACAAUUUCUUCGUUCUUAUCGGCAUAUGGAGAUGAAAGAGGAAUGGCAGAGGAUGCUUGGGAGGCCUGGCGACAGCUAGAAUCACGCGUUCUUUUUUCCCUAGUGCGUGCUCCUUCUCAGGUCUGCCGUACGUGCGUACCUCUAGUUUCUGGUCAGCGGACGCAAAUUAAUGUCAACCACGAGGCUACGCUAGCUCAGUCGUUCGGUGGCGUUACAUUCGAAACUGCUAUAAAUCAGGAAGGCGCAGAGAGAAUGCUAGCAUACUCAAAUCGCUAUAUGGUUGAACCAAGCGCGAGGGAUGCUGUUAUGGAACUCGUAUCAAGCGAACCAUCGCGAAAAAAUCUUGCUAUUUUCGAGUGGGCAAUGACAUCAUGUGAACUGAUGGGUGGAGAAGCCGUGAUUUGCUGUAAAAGUGGAAAAGAUCGUACUGGUAUGGCUGUUACUCUUGAACAAGGACGGUUGUUGCGGGAAACAUGUGGACUCAAUUCAGCGCAGGUUCUUCUGAUUUUUGACCUUUGUUAUUUAUAUCUUGUGUACUUGCACUUCGGUUGUCCUUCCACUGCAAAAUUUCUGUGAGA